UCAGUCAGAGCAGAGUGCAGACAGAAACAUACAGUCAGCCUGCUCAAACUGCAGACAAACGCCUCAAGGAAACUAAAGAUACAAGUCUGGUUUGUGUUUGUGUAACAGGAUGGGCUCUAAUAGCUCCAGCGUGAACAACAUCCCAAAUGCCCAGGAGCUCAUGCAGGAAACUGGCUUCUCUGCUGCCCACAUCCUUCGUCUGUACGAGAGGUUUGAGUGUCUGGACAAAGACAAGAGAGGACAGCUCAGGCCUCAGGAUUUCGGAGCAGUUCGGGAGUUGGCCAUGAACCCCAUCGGAGACAGAAUCAUCAGUGCCUUUUUCUCUCCAGGACAGGAAACGGUAGACUUUGCCUCCUUCGUUCGGAUUCUGGCUCAUUUCCGUCCCACAGAAACAAACCAAACCAGAGAUGGAGCAAAGCAGGAGCCGGCCAACAGCAGGACCAGGAAACUCAAAUUUGCUUUUCAGUUGUAUGAUCAGGACAGAGAUGGAAAGAUUUCCAGAGUGGAGCUUCUUCAGGUGCUGCGGGCGAUGCUGGGGAUGCAGGUGACGGAGGAGCAGCUGCAGAGCAUCGCUGAGCGAGCUAUCCAGGAGGCCGACCUGGACAAAGACGACGCCAUCUCCUUCGACGAGUUCAGAAAGUCACUGGAGAAAGCAGACAUUGAUCACAGGAUGAGCAUUCGCUUCCUGAGAUAAAGACGCGACCUGCUGAGAUUUUGGGAUUUUCCUUUUUAUGUUGAAAAGAAGACGAUCAGACACUUGUUCGCUUUCCAAAACCUGCUGGAGGAGACGAAGAUGGAGACACAACAAAGUGUGAACUGAUGUUUGCCUGGUAGAUUCAGUCUAGAUAUGAAGAUAGCUUUUAAUUAGAAUAGAUAAGUCUAAUGUACUGGUAUGAGUUAACAACAAGCAGCGAUGAAACCCUUAAAAUCCCAGUAAAGAGCAUCUUCAGGGCUGUAAAUGAAAAUGGAUGAUAAGGUUUUCAGAUAAGGGAAAGUAAUCAGUGAGGUGGGGCACACAGGUGGGGCAGGGGCCUACCACCACAGAGACCCAGGGUUCAAUUUUGUAAGGUUAAGUAGAAACCUUCAAUAUACAACAACUGGAAUACCAGCAUGUAAAAGUAGAAAAAAGCUCUAUCGAACAAAACUAUGAAGCUUAGGAACAAGAGUUAAACUGUGAUGAGAACCCAAAACUGAAGAGAAACAAUAACAUAAUGAUGGAGUAACCACACCUUUACACCUCCCUCCAUCAACUCAUCAACUAACAUAUGUGAAUAAUAUAUGCUAUAAUGUAAUACGAUGAACAAAAUACAUAUAUGAACAGAUACAAGUCUAUACACACUGGCACUUAAAAACAAGAGUAGUCAUUUAAAACACAAAUGACCUUUUUCAACUUUUCUCUUUGAUGGUAAUCAAUACUGCAUAUUAAACUCAAACACAACUGGCAGUCUGGUGAGGGAUCAUGCAGUUGUCUCCUGGUUGGCUGCAAGGCUUGCACAGUGGGCUGUGGAACUGGACCUGGGGAACUGCAUGAAGCUCCUUUUGCCCUCCAGGUGAAGCUCAUUGCCCUGUUUUCCUGAAACUGAGUGCAAGUGUAAAUGAUUUUGGUGACCAACAGCAGUCGCGCAAACUAAGCGCAGUAGAUAUAUUAUUAGUGGAUGAAUACAGAGUCGGCAGGUGGAGUCUGUCAUCGCUUUUAAAGGACGCAAAUUAAAUGGACAGAGAGGAGAGAGGCCAAGUGUCUGAACGAAAUUUAAUGGCAAGGCACGCUGCUAGAAAAUGAUAUAGCAAAUCAUAAGACGCAACACUCAGAACACAGGAAAGGUGUUCUGUGAUUUUGAAGAGGUCUUUGUGUGUGUGCAACUGCCAACCAGAGCCAUGAAAAUUGCCUUGUGUUUGGGAUAAAAAGCGGUCUAAGCAGGCAGAAGUGAAAGGGCAGUUUCAUGCCGUGUCACUUGAUGUGCCACUCCACGCAGCUCAGCACCAGCAGGGCCAUUCGGAGCUGAGAAAAGCAAAGAAUAGACUACCGCCUGAUGAAAAUUCAUUGUGACUGCAUUUACACUGUGGCUGGCUUUGUGCCGGCAGGAAAAUGGGGCCCAAUGUGUCGCAGAGGUAGAACGGGUCUGUCUGCAGCCUCUACGGGACAGCAGGAAUGGCUUCAGAGACGUUUCAGUCUAAAUGGGGAGAAACUCACAAUUUAAAAAAAGGUUUCAGUUUAGUUAAUUUAAUGCAUGGUUAAACCUGUGUGUUACGAAAUGUUAAAAUGAAUGUAAAGGUUGGAACUGUCUGCCUACAAUGAGGAGUCUUUGUGAGAAAUGUAAUUACGCUUUUUAGUUUCACAGUUAUUAAAUAAAUAACUCAUAUCCUGUA